CGCCGCAAGCCCAAGAUUGCCAAGGGCGCUCGUGACUUCAUGCCAGACCAGAUGGCCAUCCGGGAGGUGGCAUUUGGAAAGAUCACCGGCGUGUUCAAGCGCCACGGCGCCGUCUCAAUCGACACGCCCGUGUUUGAGCUCAGCAGGGAGACGCUGAUGGGCAAGUAUGGCGAGGACUCCAAGCUCAUCUAUGACCUGGCAGACCAGGGCGGCGAGAUCCUGAGCCUGCGGUACGACCUCACCGUUCCCUUUGCGCGCUUUGUGGCGCUGCACGGCGUGGGCAACAUCAAGCGCUACCACAUCGCCAAGGUGUACCGCCGUGACCAGCCCCAGAUGGCUCGCGGCCGAUUCCGCGAGUUCUUCCAGUGCGAUUUUGACAUCGCUGGCAGCUACCCAUCCAUGGUUCCUGACGCUGAGGUUCUCAAGGUGCUGGUGGAGAUCCUUGAUGACCUGCAGCUGGGCGAGUACGAGAUCAAGCUCAACCACCGGCUGCUGCUGGACUCGAUGCUGGACAUUGCGGGGGUGCCGCCGCAAAAGUUCCGGCCCAUCUGCUCUGCCAUCGACAAGCUGGACAAAGAACCGUGGGAGGUGGUGCGGGCAGAGAUGGUGGAGGAGAAGGGGCUUCCGGGGCAUGUGGCGGACCGCAUUGGCGAAUUUGUGGUCCUGCGGGGCCAGCCGCUGGAGCUGCUGGAGAAGCUCACAGAAGCAGCCCAUCCACUGGCGCAGCACCCCGACUCGGCAGUGGCGUUGGAGGAGCUGCGCACUAUGUUUGGCUUCCUGCAGUCCAUGGGCGCCCUGGGGCCCAUCGUGUUUGACCUCAGCUUGGCCCGUGGCCUGGAUUACUACACCGGCGUGAUUUACGAGGCUGUGCUCAAGGGGGGAAACGUGGGAUCCAUUGCCGCCGGCGGCAGGUACGACAAGCUGGUUGGCAUGUUUAGUGGCAAAGAUGUGCCGGCCGUGGGCGUGUCCAUUGGCAUCGAGCGCGUGUUUGCCAUCAUGGAGGCGCAGCUGCGCCUGCAGGCGGAGCAGCAGGCGGGCGGCACAAUCCGCGAGACGGAGACCGAGGCGCUGGUGGCUUCCAUCGGCGGCGGCAUGCAGCCGCGGCGCAUGCGCAUCUGCUCCGAGCUGUGGGCCUCGGGCAUCAAGGCCGAGUUUGGUUACAAGGCCAACCCCAAAAUGCCCGACCAGCUGGGCUAUGCGCUGAAGCAGGGCAUCCCCUACAUGGUGCUGUUUGGGGAGAGCGAGGUGGAGGCAGGGGUGGUCAAGAUCAAGGAUCUGGAUGCCGGGACCGAGGAGGUAGUUGCCGAGGUGGGUCGAGGUCUAGACGGUUCACCAUCUGAUGCGGCUCGGGCGUCUAUGGCUGUGUUUGACCUUCUGGGAGGAACGGCAGGGAACUGCUGGACUGCCUCGUGGUUACUGCAUUCGCAUUACCACCAUCAUUGCUGCCCACUCUGCCUGCAGGGCCAGCUGGUGGCACGGAUGCAGGAGCUGGUGAAGACCAAGGCGGGCCGCCGCGUUGUGUACCAGCAGAAGGAGGAGGCGGCCAGCAGCUAG